AUGAACGUCCUGAUCACUUUCUUCAUGGGCCUUGCCGCCCUCAUCUGUGGUGCUCUUGCCGGUCUGCCCCUAGCCGGUGAGAUUCAGAUUCACUGGACAAACAUCACUGCCACCACUUCUGCCGCCUUUGUUGGCUCAGCCAGCCAUGUCCUCUCUGGAGGUAUGACCGCUGUGACCAAGACCACUUCCACUGUGUCCGGCACCUACACCCAUCCGGCCAACGUGUCAGCCGACCCAAUCCACUGGUUCUUGUACAGCUUCCAGGCGUUUGCCGACAAGCACACCCGAACCGCCCACUAUGCGUUCGAGGCCGUCAUCAAGCCUAACACCAAUACGGUGCUGUGCGAUGAGACUGUGGACUCCGAUGGCACGCUCGACGGAGUUGACAACGCCAAGUGCAAGGCGCCAGUUGGAUUGCCGGCCAAGAACGAAUCCAUCCCUGCCACGUUCCACUUCGCCUGGAGAUCUGUGCUGAACACCCUUGGCGAGAGGACUUACGCCCUGAUCCUGAGAUCCAAUGCCCCCGGCAGCGCUCACGCCUGUCCUCACUUCCCCUAUGAUGCCUGUUGGGCUCAGGGAGUGUACUGGGUCCCGGAGGACUACAUCAAGCCGGCGGGCCGUGGAGACAGAUAUGUCGGUCCGGAGUUGAUCCAUCUUAAUGGCACCUACUGCAAGACCGGCAUGAUGGAGUGUGUCUGGUCUGAGUACCUGUAUUGA